AUGGACCAAUUUGCGCUCAUCGUCAAGAACUACCACCGCCACCUGGAGAAGUGUUCACCCACUGUGAAAGUGGCUAUUACUGAUGACGGAAUCGACCCUCUCCAAGCAAAUCUGCAGGAGAACAUCGAUGGUGGAACUUCCUUUCACCACCGGCCUGGUCGUCCUGAUCGCCCCAUUUACUACUGGUCCGCACCUGGUGGUUAUGGUACGGAAAUGGCCAAGCUGAUUUGUCGUAUCUGUCCCAAGGCGUGCUUAUGCAUUAUCCACCUCGGCGAGGGACUUGGGGAAAAAGAAGCGCGACAGAUCAAACCAGAAACAGCUAUUGAGGCGAUCAAAUGGGCUACUACUGCCGGUGUGCACAUCAUCUCUAUGAGCUGGAGCAUAAAUCAAAGCAAGGUGUCCGGGGACCUGUACAACGAUUUCCAGAAUUUCAUCCGCGCCGUCUACGAUAAGGGAAUCACCAUGUUUUGUGCUGCAAGCGACCAUGGGAACACCAGUGUUUCGGGGGUAAAAACGAUCUCCCCGCUGCCUUCAGCGAUCCACUCAAAUCUGGUGCAGCCACCGUCGAUGGUAAAAACGGACCAAGACUGGUGCACAGAAACUGGACUUUUAUCUCCCUGGGGAAAACCUACCGUUACGGGAUCAGGUGCACCCUCAUCAGUUUUUACUGCAGUCACUGUCCGGUAG